AUGUCUGAAAUUGCCAUCAAGACUAAGCGUGGGAAAAUUUCCAAUUGCCCUACUUCCUUUAACGGCCCCCUUACUGAGCCUGUCCAAACUGUAAUUAAGUCCAUUUCAGACAAAACUGGGCUUUCCGUUCAUAGAAUCCGUCUCACUAUCCCCACCGCAUCCGACGACAAGCCCCAAGAACCUAACCAGAAAAAGCGCGAUACCGUUCUUGAUCCGGCAUUGCCUCUUUCUACUUAUUUCUCUGCUACCUCUACCAAUUCUCCUAUCAUUUACGUCAAAGACCUUGGCCCACAGAUCCAAUGGCGCACUGUCUUCUUCAUUGAAUACUUUGGACCCCUCCUCAUCCACCCCAUCUUCUACUUUGGUCAAAAGGCCAUCUACGGCUCCACUUUUGAACACUCUCGUGUCCAGCAACUUGCAUUCAUCUUCACCAUGCUCCAUUUCAUUAAGCGCGAAUUUGAGACUGCCUUUGUUCACCAUUUUUCUCUUGACACCAUGCCCGUCUUCAAUGUCUUUAAAAACUCAUCUCACUACUGGUUCCUUUCAGGUAUUAACCUGGCUUACUUCAUCUAUGCUCCUGAAUCAUACGUUGCUCCUGAAAAGUCUAUCAUCUCUCGUUUCCUUUUUGGCAGAAACAUUGUCCCCCUCGGUGCUACCACUCUCUAUGUUCUUUCUGCCCUUUGGCUCUUUGCUGAACUCUCCAAUGGUUGGACCCAUCUCAUUCUCUCUUCCUUGAGAUCAGACGGCUCAAAGACCCGCAAGAUUCCCUAUGGCUAUGGCUUCAACCUUGUUUCCGUCCCGAACUACUUUUUCGAAUCCCUCGGCUGGUUCGCUAUCCUUCUUAUUACCCAGAACUGGACAUCCCUUUUGUUUUUCACUGUUUCUACUACCCAAAUGUGGUUCUGGGGUGUCAAGAAGCACAGAAGAUACCGUAAGGAGUUUGGUGACAAAUACCCCAAGAACCGUAAGAUUUACGUCCCCUUUGUCAUUUAG